AUGCAUUGCCGGAAGGGUUAUUGCUUGCACAUUUCCAAUAUAUUCCUAAUAUCGCUCGAACUCAUUUUCUCUCUCUCUCUCUCUCUCUCUCUCUCUCUCUCUCUCAUUUUUCCUUUAUUUCUUUUAUUCUUUCUUUCUGUUUCCCUUUCUUUCAUUCUUUCUGUCGAUAAUUAUUUCAUUCCUGUAUCCAUCUCUUACUUUCUUACUCUUUCUCUAAAUAUUUUCUUUCUUUUUUUUCUGUCUUUCUUUUUUCCUCGCGUUCUUUUCUUUCUUUCUUUCUUUCUUUCUUUCUUUCUUUCUUUCUUUCUUUCUUUCUUUCUUAAAGCUUCCACUCUCCUUUUUUUAGUAUUCUCUUCAUUUUACUUUCUUUCUUUCUUUCUUUCUUUCUUUCUUUCUUUCUUUCUUUCUUUCUUUCUUUCUUUAACAUUCUCUUAUAUUUUUACUGGUUUUUAA